UUCUUAUUCUUAUUCUUAUUCUUAUUCUUAUUAUUUUUUGGUUCUUGACUCGAAAAUGUCCCGUUAAUUUUCCGCGCAAAAGUUAAUGAGGAUUAACCAAUCACCCCUGGACGCCGCUGUGUGCAUGGAGGUUUUGGGGAAGGCGUUGGGGGGGGAGGAUGACACUCUGACAGCAAGGUGCGCAUCAAACUGAUGGUUCCUGUAUCCGCUUCUGCUGCUGGGAACUCAGAGGAGUGACAAAACAGGAACGCUCGGACUUUCCAACAAGUUCUGCUGCGAACAGCAAGAAUUUUCUUUUUUUUUCUUUUCCUUUUUUUUUUUUUUUUAAUGGCAAGUUCUACCUCUCUGGAGACGGUGAUGUCCUGCGGUAGGACCGGGCCCUCCGGGGCUCCGAAGAGCCUGGCCUUCUCUAUCGACCGGAUCAUGUCCAAGAGCUCGGAGCCGAGGAGCGGCGCGGAGGAGCGCUCGGAGGGGAAGAAGUUGCUCGGCCUCUGCUCCCCCAUCCCCUGCAUGAUCCCGCUGCAGCCGUUCAGCUACGACCUGCAGGCCAAGGCGCUGAUGAACUACUCGGAGCUCUGGAGAGCCAGCCUCAGGGGAACGUUCUGCGGAUCGACGGCCGCGCCGUGCAAAGGGAACUGCGGCGUAUGCGCCAGAGCGGACUCCACGUUGAAGCAACCGGUGCCGACCACCGGCAGCAGGGUGGUGAAGCCGCAGGUCAUCCACCAAGCCGUGGCCGUGCCCAGCGUGGGCUCACUUUACUACCUGAAUUACCUGGACUCUGCGUACCAGCAGUCAGAGCUCCUGGCCGGACACUGGCUUUCGACCCCCCAGGCCCAGGCGUCCCUGUCGGCGCACCACAGACUCUUGCUGCUGGAGAACGCCAAGCUAGCCGGCGCUGGCUCCGAGAAGCUCCCCACUCCCCAGUACCCACACAAGGAGCAUCUGCCGGGCCAGCUGGACCAGAUAGUGAAGGAGAACCACGCUCUGAUUGGCGAGAAGAACGGCGUCAAGACUCACAGCAAGCUCAGCUCCGGCGGCUGCAACGCGGACGGCAAGCACAAAAACUUCACGUGUGAAGUUUGUGGGAAGGUUUUUAACGCGCAUUAUAACCUGACCAGACACAUGCCGGUGCACACCGGGGCCCGGCCGUUUGUGUGCAAAGUGUGCGGCAAAGGCUUCCGACAGGCCAGCACGCUCUGCAGGCACAAGAUCAUCCACACUCAGGAGAAGCCGCACACAUGCAACCAGGGCGGCAAGGCGUUCAACAGGAGCUCCACGCUCAACACGCACGUACGCAUCCACGCCGGAUACAAGCCGUUUGUGUGCGAGUUCUGCGGGAAAGGUUUCCACCAGAAAGGGAACUACAAGAACCACAAGUUGACGCACAGCGGGGAGAAGCAGUACAAGUGCUCCAUCUGCAACAAGGCCUUCCAUCAGAUCUACAACUUGACGUUUCACAUGCACACGCACAACGACAAGAAGCCGUUCACCUGCGCCACCUGCGGCAAAGGCUUCUGCCGCAACUUUGACUUGAAGAAGCACAUCAGGAAGCUCCAUGAGAGCGGCUUUUCUGCCGUCUCGGAGGCCCUGAGAGAGCCGCAGAGCUGAGAUCUGCUGAGAGGACAGGGCUGGCUGAUGGUGGGCUCUCUGGGGUCACAAUGACUGGUGUUCUUGGAAAAAAAUGUAAAAAAAAAUCCAGGCCUGAGGUGAGAAAGCCCCCUGAGACUGGACUCAAAUAGGUGUGGCGAGUCUUAGGGGCCCCGUGCACUAACACAGAGGGGACGAAUGAGCCGACCAGACCCAAGAAGAGCGAGCUAAUAGGAACAUUGUAGGGAUUUCUUUUCUUUGUCAUCUAGCAUUCUUCCUCCUAUAUGUGGAACACAGGGCCGAAGCACCCGACCGAUGUACAGAACAGGUCAAAAAGUUGCUAUUUAAAUAUGAGUUGCCAUGUUAUGUAUUUUACUGGAAAGUGUUAAUGUGAAUAAAUAACUUAUAACUUAUAAUGAAA